UGCUUUAUGUAAAUCAACUCAAAAUAUCUUUACAAACUCUCCUGCUCAAAAGCUUUAAGUACACUCACCAGGUCACCAUUAGGCUAUUGAACAAGAACCUUGAUUUGUCUCUUCCUUUUCUCUCUGCAACAAGGUUUCGUAGAUAAUUUUAAUGGGGUUUGAUCAAUCUCCGAACCCUCCUGAUCACCUUUACUCACAAGCACUCCAAUUGAAGCUUUACCAAGCUUUUAUUUUCUCAAUUCCUAUACUCUUUUCUAUAAUUUUGUUUUUGUUGUUUUACUUGUUCUAUCUUAAGAAGAGAGCUUCUACCUUCGCACAUUCUCCUCCGGUGCUACCAAGAACUCUUACUCAGCCACCGCCCUUCAUCAUAUCAGUGUGUGAAGUUGGCUUGAAAGAAGAACUCAAAGAAAAACUUUCUACCAUAGUAUUUGAUGAAGAAUUAAGGGCAAGGGAUUCACUAUGUUGUGUAUGCUUGGGAGAAUUUGAGAUGAAAGAGGAGUUGAUGCAGGUGCCAUUAUGCAAACACGUAUUCCACAGGGAUUGCAUUCGCAACUGGCUUCGCUCCAACACCACGUGCCCACUUUGUAGAUGUUCAGUCUUCGUCGUUGACAGCACUAAGCGUGUACUUCCUCCCCCACCACAGACAUCACCAGCACAACUCCCUCCUACUCCCCUCCAAUCCGAUUCACCAAUACAGGCUAAUCUCACAGAUUAAUAGUAAUGAAGAUGGGUUUAAAUCGGUCUUCUGUGUACUGGACGAUUCUCUGAAAGUGUCUGUAGGCAAUAUCUGCAUAAUUUUGUAGGUUUAGUCAGAUUUCUAUUCGAGUUGUCCACAAUUUUUUACAAUUAGCAGUUGUAAGAGCAGUGCUCCCUGAUUCUGAAUGAAGUGCUUGAAUACUCGAUUGUAAAUUAUGUUACAUACUGAUGAUCAGUCAUAAAUUCUGCAUCUGAUUUUAUUUUA